AUGACAACUCCUAGGAGAGGGCAGCACUUGGAGGACAUAAUGAAAAAGACAUCCACUGCUGGAGUCCUGUGCACAGAUUCCCAAGGACUCAAUACAGGUUGCCACAGAAUCCGAGCAGAUGAGCAUGCAGGGGUGGUAUCAGUUCUAGCCCAGCAAGCUAAGGUAACCCCAGACCCGAAUGAUAAUCCUUUGGUGUAUCUAGAAUCAGAUAAUGGGAACAUUAUGAUCCAGAAACAUGAUGGCAUCACAGUAACAGUGCACAAAAUGGCCUCUUGACAUCUUGCAUCAGUUCUCCAGCAGCCCGUCAGAGAAACUCAGUCCUACCUACCUGAUGUUAAUUAUCAUAUAGAAUGAUUAGAAUUCCAGUAAUUAGACCAUUCAUGUAAGAUGCAUUGGGCACUUUUCUAUUAAGUUUAGAGUGAGCUGCUUUUUGACACUCUGUGGACUAACUUAUCAAAAUACUAGUUAAGGAAAGUAUCAUGUUCUGAAGCAGCAGGUUUAGGUCACCUUGUAUACAUAGUUAUGUUUAAUAAACCUGGUUGGAGGGGAAAAAAGACUCACAAAUGAGGGGAAAUAGAUUUCUUUCAGAAAACAGACUAAAUUAGAACCAAUUAUACUAAGUUGUUAACUGGACUUACCGUAGUAACCAUUAUGCAGAAUAUCAAACAUUAGGCUGCACAUCUGAAACUAAUAUAAUGUAUGCCAACUGUACCUCAACCAAAACACACACACACACACAAAGAAUAUACUCCCUCCUCCACCAACCCCGCCCAAAAACACCUAAAGAAAAAACAGAUUAGAAAAUUAAAGAUUUACUGAGCAUGGCCCCGCCCAUCAGAACAAGACCCACUUUCCCCCAUUGUCAGUCUCUCCCAUCAGGAAGCUUCUAGAAACCUCUUAUCCUUCUUCAUCAGAGGGCAGACAGACUGAAAGCCACAGUCACAGAAAACUAACCAAUCUGAUCACAUGGACCACAGCCUUGUCUAACUCAAUGAAACUCAUGAAACUGAGCCAUG